UGCACGUGUAAUCCAUAUGACCAAGUCAUCUCGUGGACUUAAGGUCAAACCUUUCAUCACCCAAAAACCACUUUCGUGGACAUAUAAUACAGCCACCUUAGUCAAAAACCCUCUAUAUAAGACACUUCAAGCCUUUCAUUUUUUGUAUAUCUCCAUUCUGCAAAAUAUUUCUUUGCUUAAUCUGCUUAUAUAGCCAUGAAGAGAACUAGAGAAGAGGUUGUUGGUGUAAACAUGGAAAAAGUUCUUAUGCUACUAUCGUGUAGGUUAGAAACCAAGUUCAAAAGAUGUUCAUCUUCCUCAAACUAUGUGUUCGAGUGCAAAACCUGCAACCGCCAAUUCCCAUCGUUCCAAGCUCUUGGUGGCCACAGAGCAAGCCACAGGAAGCCAAGAACGUUAACAAGCUGCGAUCAAGACCCAAAAAGUGAGACCAAAUUGGUGCAAGGCAAGCCAAAAAAACACGAGUGCUCUGUAUGUGGGUUGGAGUUUAGUUCGGGACAAGCUUUGGGGGGUCAUAUGAGAAGGCACAGAAAGAUGAACGCCCGAUUUUAUUCUUCAGUUCCUUCUGCUGUUGCUUCGAAGAUUCCAGUGCUGUUGAGGUCGAAUAGUAAGAGGGUGAUGUGUUUGGACAUGGACCUGAACUUGACGCCUUUAGAGAAUGACUUGAAGUUGCUGUUUGGGAAUAUGCCACCAAAAAUUGAUACUUUGAUUUCUAGAACGAGAGAAGAGCUUGUUGGUGUAGACAUGGCAAACAUUCUUAUGCUACUAUCAUGUAGGUUAGAGACCAACUUCAAAAAAUGCUCAUCUUCCCCAAACCACGUGUUCGAGUGCAAAACCUGCAAACGUCAAUUCCCGUCUUUCCAAGCUCUUGGUGGUCACAGAGCAAGCCACAAGAGGCCGAGAACGUUAAUGGGUAGCGAUCAAGAUCCGAAAAGUGAGACCGAAUCGGGGAAAGGCAAGACGCAAAAGCGCGAGUGCUCCAUAUGCGGGCUGGAGUUUAGUUCGGGGCAAGCGUUGGGGGGUCAUAUGAGAAGGCAUAGAAUGACGAAUGCUGGGUCUAGUUCUCCAGUUCCUGCAGCUGCUGCAGUUGCUGGUGCCUCGAAGAUUCCGAUGCUAAUGAGGUCGAAUAGUAAAAGGGUGAUGUUUUUGGACAUGGAUCUCAACCUGACGCGCGCCUUCAGAGAAUGACUUAAAGUUGUUGUUUGGGAAUUGGGAAUAUGGCACCAAAUGCUGAUACUUCGAUUUCUUAGUUUGUUGUAAUGGUCACCAAAUGAUCAUCAUUUUUUUUUCGGUCGUGAACUUACUUCAUUAAACAGCCCGAAAGGGCCAAAUGAUCAUCGUUGUACUCAUUCUUUUAUUUAAUUUAUGUAGAUUAUAUUAGUUGGAUGUACUUGCCAUUUUUCGUUCUUCUUGUAAUGAUUAUCACAAGCAUAUUGUUUGUUGAAAGUAACAAUUCUUCUGUAAAACGGUGACGCAAUUA